AUGCUCGACGACGCGCGUGGCUGGCUGCUCGCCCAGCUUCGGGCAGCCAAGCCUUCUUUUAUAUCAAAGAAGCCUCACUUCAACUUCAUCUCGGCUCACUACUUCUGGAUCUGUGGCCUCACCAUCCUGGGCUCCAUUCUCAUCUACGCCACUGCCGGUGGCCAGAUGGCAUACAUCGACGCUCUGUUCUUCGCCAGCGGUGCCAACACGCAAGCCGGUCUCAACACCAUUGACGUGAACUUGCUCAACACCUUCCAGCAAAUAUGCCUCUACUUCUUUACCAUGACCUCCAACCCCAUCACCAUACACUCUUCUGUCGUCUUCCUCCGACUUUACUGGUUCGAGAAGCGAUUCCAAACCGUCGUCCGCGAAGCUCGCCAGCGGAGAAACACCAUAUCUAAAUCAAUGUCCAGGGCCCGGGGCGAAGACUUGAAUCAGGCUGAGCGAGGCCGCGGUUUAAGCGUGCGCAAUAUUAAGGUUAUGCACCGCAAUAACCAGAGGAUCACCAACGACGGCAUCGUGCUCGAUAUGAAGGACGACGAAGACGGUCGUGUAUCCCCUGGCAGCAACGGCUUCGUUCCAAUCCCCGGCACCCCAGCCCACCGUUCCUCGGGAGAGCAGACUCCCAGUACGGUUCCGGGGUCCCAACAUGACAACCACGAUGCGCAUGACAACGACCCAUCGCAGAACCGAAUCACUUUUGCAAGCAAUGUUUUCCGAAGCGAUGGAACCGAGCCCGAGGUCAAGCUCCCGCCGCCCUCUUCUCCUGCGCACUUGGCCAUUCUCGAGCGACAACGCAACGAUCACCACGAAGAGACUCUGCGAAUUCCCAACCCUAGAGAUGCUGAGAGGGGCAUGAAGCCGAAGCGUGUGGAGGACGGCGAUGCUCCUGAGCCCGAGGACGACGAGGCCGCUCUCCAUGCACACUCCGCUGCGAGCGGAGCGAACGGCAUGGGUAACGAGGUCGGUAAUGGCGGUCGUCGGCAGACGAUCAAGAUUGAAGAGCCUGAGCGGCCCAAGGACCAAGAACGGGCAAGAAAAGACGAGAUCGCCGAGGAGGCCGAGGUUAUCGGUAGGGCCAUGUUCCCCUUCUCGUUUCGCCGUCACAGCAAGAAGGCAUCGCAGAGUGAGGCAGGCUCCGAAAACCCUCUCACCAAGGUCCGAAGCCGCGUCGACACCUUCAGAACCGCGCUUUCUCGCGACAAGGAAGACGAAAUGCCGUAUCUCAGUUUCACGCCCACGCUAGGAAGAAACUCCGCUUUCCCGGGCUUAACACAGGAUCAACGUGAGGAGUUGGGAGGAAUCGAAUAUCGAUCUUUGAGAACGCUUGCAGUCAUUCUGCUGUGCUACUUCUGGGGUUUCUCGCUUUUUGCCAUCGCAUGCUUCCUCCCUUGGAUCCAUACCAGCUCCAAUGACAAGUACGGCAACUACGUCGAGUCCGGCGGCGUCAGCAAGGCCUGGUGGGCCAUCUUCACGGCGAAUUCAGCCUUCAAUGAUCUCGGUCUCACCCUGACCCCCGACAGCAUGAACUCUUUCAACGACGCGACGUUCAUCCUCUUGAUCAUGUCGUUUCUCAUCAUCAUUGGUAACACCGGCUUCCCCAUUAUGCUUCGGUUCAUCAUCUGGGUCUCGUCCAAGAUCGUCCCAAAUGGUGGCCUCCACCAGGAGCUGCGAUUCCUGCUAGACCACCCCCGUCGUUGCUUCACCCUACUCUUCCCUGCAGGCGCGACCUGGUGGCUCUUCGCAAUUCUCAUGGGUCUCAACAUACUCGAUCUCUUAUUCUUUGUCUUGCUUGACCUUCACGACAAUGCCGUUAGUCAUUUGCCUGUGGGUAUUCGGAUUGUCAACGGUCUGUUUCAAGCGUGUGCGACCAGAACCGCGGGUUUCUCCGUCGUCAACAUAUCGCUUCUGCAUCCUGCAGUUCAGGUUUCGUACAUGAUCAUGAUGUACAUUUCCGUAUUCCCAAUCGCUAUCUCAAUCCGUCGCACCAACGUGUACGAAGAGAAGUCACUUGGCGUGUACCACCAUCCGGACGAAGACGUCGAGGGCACAAACGAAAACAACGCCAUGUCCUAUGUCGGAACCCAUUUGCGUCGUCAACUCUCUUUCGACUUGUGGUAUGUGUUCUUGGGUCUGUUCAUUUUGGCCAUCACAGAAGGAAACCGCAUCCAGGCCAAGGACUUUGAUGUUUUUUCGGUUCUGUUCGAAAUAGUGAGUGCGUACGGCACUGUCGGUCUCAGUUUGGGUUAUCCCAACGUCAACGCAUCACUCUGCUCGCAGUUUAGCACGGGAGGCAAGCUCAUCAUCAUUGCCAUGCAAAUCCGUGGACGACAUCGCGGCCUACCAUACGGCCUAGAUCGCGCAGUUCUACUGCCGAGUGAGGCCAGGUUCGAGAAAGAAGCUGCUGAGGCCCCACUGCCUGUUCUGGUACGAUCUGCUACUGGCGCAUCGACCGGAACUGCCUUGAGCGCCAGUCGAUCUCACCUGAGGUCGAGGAGACAGAGUACAAACAAGGGCAACCUGUUCAGCUCAUUCCUCCAUCCGGGUCCUCCCAUGCUGUCGCUCGAUGACAGUUUCGCAAGCAGACGCAGCAGAUCAUUUGAUGUUGGCGAACAUCAUCUACCGAUAGCUGAGGAGAUGAGAAGACGGUCGACGACGCCUGCUGUUGUAGAUGACGAUUCUACAUCUACCGACACCGAGGUGGUGCAGCCCCGGCGGGUGAAUACCACGCGCUAG